AAAGCCAAACUAUCAAGCCACCUCAGCGUUUCCAUUCCCACGAAUGCCUCCCGGGUUCUUUCUCUCCUCUCUGCUCAGCAGCAUUUUUGACAUCUCGAAGAGCUCCUUCGAAUUUCUCGAAGUUCCCCGUCUCCCAAAACCCUAGCUCAGGGGAUCCGGAGCCGGAAUCUCUUAUCGUAAUAACUUUCUUGUCAAUCCUGGGCUAUAUUAUUUCUCCGCCAUGAAUAUUUUCCGAUUAGCAGGCGACAUGACGCAUCUAUUCAGCGUCCUUGUUCUCCUCCUCAAGAUAUAUGCUACAAAAACUUGUUCAGGGAUUUCCCUCAAGACGCAGGAGCUUUAUGUCUUGGUGUUUUUGACACGUUACUUGGACUUACUCACGGUUUUCGUCUCGGUUUACAAUUCGGUAAUGAAGGUGGUGUUCAUAUCAAGCUCGAUUGCCAUUGUUUGGUGUAUGCGCGCGCAUCCACUGGUACGGCGGACGUAUGAUAAGGAGCUGGAUACAUUCCGUCACUACAUUCUUGUCGGUGGGAGUCUUGUGCUUGCGUUUAUCUUUCACGAUGAAUUUACUGUUCGGGAGGUACUUUGGGCAUUUUCAAUCUACUUGGAAGCAGUAGCGAUUCUUCCUCAACUGGUUUUGCUCCAGAGAAGCAGAAAUGUUGACAAUUUAACCGGGCAAUACGUUUUCUUUCUUGGGGCAUAUCGAGCCUUAUAUAUUCUCAACUGGAUCUACCGUUAUUUUACAGAAAAAUACUACAGUAGAUGGAUAUCCUGGAUUGCAGGUAUUGUCCAGACGGCACUAUACAUAGAUUUCUUCUACUACUACUUUAUAAGUUGGAAAAACAAUGAAAAACUCAAGCUUCCGGCAUGAUCUAAACGGCGUAGGUUUAUGGUUUCUUCGUGGUAAAAACUUGGAGAACUAAAGCAUUAAAUGGUUUCCAGGAAGUUAUAUUUUGAUGGAGCUGUGAUUCUGCUAACUUUAGUGGAUAAUCUUCAUACCUGCAGCUGAUUUGCGAUUGUGUAUGUUGUUUUCCCGCACAUAAACUCUCUUCAGUACUUGAGUAACAAAUUUGGCCGUCGUGAGUGGGAAUUUUAGCUACAGUAGUUCUCUGUUGUCAUUUAUUUUGUUGAAGCGAUCGCAUUAUAGAACUUUGGAAUAGAAGAAUUGUCUUAUUUGA